GAUUCAGAUCAAUAAACAGAUAAGAGAGUUCCAGUAAUACGCCAUUUUUGAUGCGAAAGAGAAAAUUAAAGAUGGAAGGGUGUAAAUAUUUAAUGAAGAAGCAAUUAUAAAAUGCCUAAGCGUAAAAAUCUGUCUGGAGAUGAUGAUCAAUCGAUUCCAUUGCCUAUCCAGGCUUUUUUCUGGCGUCAAACAAGUCCAUUUAUAAGACCAAAGAGAGGAAAAUUAUGUGAAGCAGCUGUAGUUUCACUGGAACGUGUUGUUGUGCAGAAUAUCCUUCAUGGAGCCUCCCCCAGUCUUUGUGAGGCUAUUCAGAGUGUAUCUAGAUGGAAGGUUAUACAAGCAGCAUUUCCACAUGUCAUGCAUGCAUGCUCUUCACUCUUGGCUGCUUGCAAACAAAACCAAACAGAAAGAAGACUGGGUCCUAGUGAGUCCAAGUUAUUGUACAUCCUUCAUUGGAUAAUACUGGAUGCUGCCUCAGAAUGUGAAGACCUAGAAUCUGACCCAUCCAGAGUUGAAAGUUCAGUACAGAUGCACACACUUACCACAAUACAGCUGUUUAUUUAUCUGUUUGCUCCACUUAUUCACCUGUUGGAAAUAUCAGAUUUUCAAACAUUGAAGUUAGAAAAUGGGCUUCAGCUUUGGCAGCCAUUGUGGGACUAUCGACAACCAGAUAUCACUUGCUUUGCUGCUCCAGUUAAACCCCAACGUAACAUUCUGAAAGCACAGAGAAACAUGUUUAAACUUAAUACAAAUGCUGCUAAUAUUUACAUUGGGAAAGGUUCAUCUCGAGAUAAUUUGGCCUUUCCCUUUGGUGACCCUGUAAGCAGACGGACCAGUUGUAAUGAUCAGUCACCUGGUGAUGCUCCAUUGGUUACCAUGAGUGACAUAUGUCAUUGGUCAAUGACAGAUUCACAGUCUGCCAACAUGGAGGUCAUUUGUGAAUUUUGUAACACGGUUGUUCCCAGUGGGAAUUCUGCCGGAAAGACAUGUCAAUGUGGGAAAAAGAAUAGUGUUUAUAGUAUUUCAUCAGAUUUCAAAAUGCCACCUUUUCAGAAGAAAGAUUCUAUUGAUCGAGAAUUCAAUAAAAAUAGACUGAUCAGUGCUGUGAUGAGUGGAACAAAGGCACCAGGGAUGUCUGACAUCCUUAGUGCAAGUUAUUUUGAUGUGGCUGUAUUAAGAUGUCUGUUUUGCCUUCAUUGGUCCGAGGAGGGAAUUUAUUGGGCAUUACGUUAUAUUCAACAGAGAAUGUUAGAAGUAUGUGAUGAAAAUACAAGACUUGACCUUUCUGAGAGGGAAAGAAGUUACUCCUUACCAAUACCUGAUAUCCAAAUUCUACAGAGAAAUAGUACAAUCACUCCAACAUUUCAAAAGUUUCUAGAGUUAAAGAAACACAGGAGAGAAAAACAUCUGCUUGAUAAAGCUAAACAAGCUGCUGCCAAAACUCUUCAGACUAUCCCAAGUGAAUCAAUUAUCAAUGAUGGAAACCUAAUAGAUGAUAGAAAACAACCUCCGUUAAAGAAAACUCGUGUAGAUGAGUUAAAAUUGAAAUAUGAAAAGUAUAUAGACUCAAGAAACCCUUCACCAGAAAAAGAAGUUCCUAGUGUCACAGAUUCCUCCUCUAGUUCAGGGUCUGCUGCAGACAAUGAAGGAAGCAGUUCAAAAAACCAAAGCUAUAAGAUCAACCCUGGUUUUCUGUCUGCAAGUCAGGGUACGUCUCAUAGUGUUAAAAUAAAACUGGCAGAAAAUAAAAACCCCCCUCCUCAUGCUCCUCAUGACAUGUCUGACCAGGAAUCUGCUGAGAGUAGUAAUGAAUCAUCUAUCUCCUCCCAUCAAGGAGACACAUUCACAGCAAAGGAAAAUAAAAAUCCAAUAAUAAUGGUGACAGAACAUACCCCUAAACACAAAGAAAAAAUGUUGGCUAUGUUAGAAAAGAGUAUGGAAGAUGAACAGAAUGACAGCAGUAAAUUACUAAAGCCAUCAGAUAAAAUACCACGAAGCAUGACUGAUUCAGAUAUAAGUUAUCAAAUUGAAGAAGAUGUGGGUGAAGUAUCGGGGUCAGUUUAUUACAUACAAGAUAACGGACAAUUGAAUUACAAGAUUGUUUUACGUGCUGUACAUUUUAUUUCAACCAAUCAAAGAAGCCAGCGUGUUGCUGAAGUAUUACUGAAUAUUAUAAAUUGUCUGCUGGAUUUAGAUAUUAUAGAGAGAAAAAGUGACAUUCGGUCUAAACCAGGGGAGACAAAUCCUUCUGAUCCUACGGAGGAAAAAAAGACUCCCUCAAAAUGUGAUCUGGCAAUGGGAAAAGUUACAGCUCAUGGUUUAGCUAUGGAUAGUUUGAUUAGUAUUUUCAAAUCUCUUGGAUGUCCCAAUGGAUGUGGUGAUGGACUACAUGGUAGCUAUGGUGACCAUUUGAGGGCCAAAGGUCAUAACUGUCUACAGCGCCUGCAGCGAAUUAAUUCAGGAUUGUUCAGAAGCUAUUUAAGAGAUACAGUUAAGAAAAUGCCAGUUCAAGAAACAAUAGAUUUUCUUCAUUCUUUCUUAGGAUUCUGUAUCGAUCCUACGACUAUACGUCAAGCUAGUCAAACACCAGGACAAGGCUUUUUCAAGUCCUCAUCAACAGAGAGAAUGUCAUCCCAACAGAAUGGUUUCCAUAACAAUUUUGGUCACAGUAUUGGUGGAUUGGGAUAUAGAGGUGUGGAGGGAGUACUGAUAACCAACAUACUCAAGCCUUUUAUUUCUAAAUGUGUAGAAAAUACAAGGGAACUCUACAGCAGUGACAAUAUCAGUAUGUUUUGUGAUAUACGUCAGUUUAUAGCCUAUGUAAAGGAGAUCCAUGGUGGAACAUUUAGGAGAGUGGAACUGAGUGGACUUCUGGAUUCAUUGGAUAAACUGAAGAAAAAAGAAAAAGAAAGGGAAGAAAAGAUAAAGAAAGUUAUACCUAUGAGGAGGACAACUUCUCAGACAUCUGAAAGUGGUGAUGAAAAAGAAAGUUCAAAGAAUGCAUCUCCUGCAUCUGGGGAGGAGUCUGGAAAACCAAAGAAAUCACUCUUCAAAAAGAAGAUAAAAAAGUCAUUGGCCUUACAAACGUUGUAUGCUGCUAGUGAUUCAGAAUUAAUGGAUGAAAUGAGACAGAAUAAACAGGGAUCUAAUACAGAUGAUGACUCCAUAAGUGGAUCUGGAAUAACAAGGAGAAGAUUUAGCAAGUUUCAUAUUGGUUGGAAAAGAGCUGCUAAAUCUGACCACGAAGAGGAAGCAAUGAGUGAUCCCCACCCCUUGGACAGGAGGGAUAGUAAAAGUGACAUACAGGUUCCUAGGGCAGUACUGAAAGGAAAAAUGUCAUUCAAAACAGCUAGUCAUGCUGCCAUAUCUCUUAUAAGUUCCAGUAAGAGAAUACAAGGUGGACUGAAGAAUCUUGGAAAAAGAAUGAAUAAAAGAGGGAGUACUGAUGGUUGGAAAAACAAAGACCAGGCUCAGAAUGAUGAUACAGACCUUGAUUUUGUUUUAACUAGAGAAAAGAAACUGGUCGACAAAUUUCUGAUUAAGUCAGGGAUGUUAAGAUUCUCAUUUCUUCUGGAAUGUUGUCAUCCUGGUUCCAUUCCUGAUCCACAGCUUAUUGCUGCUAUGUUAGAGUUGGAUGCUCCUGUCAUAGCCAGAGCUUCACUUCUGUUAGAGUGUGCACAAUUUAUCCAUCGUUGUAACCAUGGAGACUGGCCUAACUGGAUGAGGUUGAAUAUUCCAAGUUUCCGUAAUUCUGCAUCAGCACUACAGAAUAGAGGUCAGCCAUCAGGAUACCGUAGAACACUUACUUUACAGAAAGCUGCUGGUAGAAUGUUUUACAGUUGGGCAGAGAACCUAGGCCUGAUGAUGGAGUAUAUACUAGCUAAAGAACACAAAGACAGACAGAAGAUAAUCAGUGAUAUACAAAGUGAGACCACCAGGAAAGAAUUAAAGAUAUGUGAUGAGGAUGAAGAUUUCUUAGAUGAAGGAACAGUAAAUGUUACUGGUUCGUCAUGUCCAUAUGCUUUGAAAAUGAUGGCUUGUUUAGUUCUGCAAGAAAUUACAACAUUCUUAAGGGAAACUUUCAGAGAUCUUCCAAAAGGUCGAAGUCCAAGACGUGAUACUCCUUGUCCAGAUCGAUCUGCAGCUUCCAGAAGAUGGAGCAGUAUAGUCAGCAGUCCAAUCCAUUCCCAGAGUUCUGAGUCCAAUAUGGCUGAUAUGACUCAUUCUGCUUCAGGAGUAACUGUUGGAAGUCCUGGGACUGGAGACAGAAAGAUUAGCUUUGCUGUACUUGGUGAGAAGUCUGACUCUGUACACAGUAGUACCACAUCCCUAUCUGCCAUUGAUCCAGGCAUGCCACCUCAUACACCUAACGAAGAAAGGAAGGGGAGACGACUUGCUCAAGGCAGACCAAAGUUACUCAAACAUUUCAGGCGAGGGUCUGGAGCUAACUCAAGCUUCAGACAUAACAGAAGUUUUAGACUCAAAAGACAAGAAGGAGGAAGUAUAAAAAGAUUUGGUAGUAUAAAGUCCCGUAAGGUCAGUAGUCAGUCAUUGCAAUCAGACAAAGUAAUGGGGGGAGAUGAGGAUCAUGACGAUAUAGAGUCUGUACUUAGUGAUGAAAAUGAACAAACUGAUGUCCCGGAAACUGAUGAUUUCAGCAUGUGUAGAAAUAUGCCAUGGGUUAGGGUAGUAGUACAACUGGCCAAUCUGUCUAACUUUAUCUGUACCCACCAGAAUUACUGUCACCCUGAUUGUUACGAGAGACAAAGAAGGUCAUGUUCUCGUAUGAUCACUGCCAUGAAAAAAGUUUAUACGUCCACAGAAAAUGAUAGCGAAGACCAAGAUAAAGCUAAAUUAGACAGCAAAGAAAUAUUCAGAGAGAGGCUGAGAAGGAGGGAGUCAGUAUUUCACAGUUCCUCACCAACCAGGAGAAGAGAAAGUACUCCAUUAUUAGAAAAGAUAAAAACUGAUGUAUCUAUGGGUAAAAUGAAACUAACUUCUACAUGGAAAAAGGAAGAAAAACUUAAGGAAGUCAAAGAAGAUACACCUAUCAUGAAAUAUAUCAACUCACAGGCUCAGAAGUUAACCCAGUGUCCUAUGGGAAUACUAGCAAAAGCAGCUCCAAUCCUGACAGAUGAUAAUUUUUCUGACAUUUUACCAGUAGCAUGGGAGCUAAUGAUAGAAAAUGACCAGGAACUGGCUGCUUCAGCAGCAUCUGUGUUCCUAUUAACAUCUGUAAAGGCUCCAGAAAAAGCACAGAGUCUGAUAGUGAAACAGCUCCAGCAUGAAGAUGCUGCACAGAGAGUUAACGCUGUACUCAGAUUUGGAACUCUAUGGAAGUUUCGACAUCAGGUAUGGCCAAGAAUGGAAGAUGGAGCUAACCUUUUCUUUAAGCUACCACCACCUAACAUAGAUUUUACACUUCCGUCACCAACCAUUGGGUUACCAAUGCAAUCAGUUGUAGAUCCUCCAUGGACACCACAUUUUAAAGCCAAAAUAGAGGAAGUCACAGUUAACCAAGAAGAAACUAAAUCCUUAGUGACAGCAACAACAACAAGGAGAAAAGAGCAACAGGAAAUGAUAAGGAAAGCUCUUCAGGCAGAGGAGGAGAGAAAACGCAUUGGAAGAGAGAAUUUCCAGAUGACAACAGUGCCAGUACCACAGCUAGCUGCUGACGAACCAGCUCUUCAUCAUGCUACUGAUGAACAUGAAGAAGUGGCAGUGAUACCUGAAGAGCUUAACUUGGCUGCACGACGUGUGUCCCUUGCUCCUGCUAAUCGUGCAAACAUGCAGGGUCGUAGCUUGUCCUGGAGGAAUGGAAGCGUACAUUGGUCACGUGGUAUGGAAGGAGAGGAGGAGAGAACAGAACAUGUACAUCAUGUGCAGAUGGCUCAAUCAUUUUUCCCAUCAUGCAUCUGUGCUUGUGUUUUACCAAUUAUUCACAUGUUGGAUGAUGGAGAUGUCAACAGUGAAGGCAUAUCAGUUUCUGAGGUAUCAGAGAAGGUUAUAUGGAAUGCCUUAGUAGAUGAUCCGGUCCUGUUUCUACGACAUUUCCUGGAGAAGUUAACUGUGAAAGAUAAAAUGGACAAAGUAGAAGAGUUACUGUUCUUGUUACGAAAGUUGAUCCUGCAUUUUCAGGACCUUCCAGCACAGAUGGCGCAUUCUUUGUUCAAUUAUCUUAUUGGAUAUGUAAUGUUUUAUGUGAGGAGUCCAUGUGCUGGAAGUCAAGAGGCAAUUGGUGGAGCACUAGCUCUCAUUUGGCAGGUAAUACCUAGCGUUGAAGGAAUCUACUUCAAAGAUUUGAAACAGACACUUAAGAAAGAGCAGUGUGACCCCUACUUGUUGAUAUCUGCUAUGGUACCAAGUGCUAAGAAGAUUAUUGUUCAUGGUCCAGACCAAACCAGUAUUCCUACUCAGUUACCAAUACAUGAGGACACCCAGUUUUCCCAGAUUCUACAAGAAAGUUUGGAAUUUUUCAAUAUUCCUGAGGAAGACUAUCCAUCUUACUUCCUGGUUGACAGUAAAUCUAGAAAUCAAAAGAAAAAUAAUGACCAGAUACAUAACCUGAACUCUUAUGUGAGGGAUUUCUACUUCUUCCGACGUAACUUUUAUCCACAGCUGAGUCUGGUUAAUAUAAAUCCUGAUAAAGCCUUUCAGGAUCUAGAUAAACAGGCUUUUACCCUGAAAUUUGUAGAAAUAGGGAAGGUACUAUUCACUACUGCUGUUCUUAAGAAUACACCACCACAUCAGUUACAAAACCAUGUGUCUUUCCUUCAUGAGGAGUUUUUGAAAUUGCCAUCUUUCCCAAGGAAAGCUCUUGAAGCUGAGUUUGGACUGUAUGCAGGCAAUUGGGGACAGGAACUUUAUGGACUAGAUACUCUCCACAAGUACUCAUGGGUUAAGUUGAUGACCACCAUGUUUGACUCAAUGACCAGUACAUUUGCAUGGUCCAGUGACCUUCAGCUCUUCCUCAAUGUCAUCAAUGGCUGUAUCAUUCUCCAUUGUGAAGAUUCAGCUAUGUUGCGCUUCUGCUUGAUGUCACUUAUCAACACUUGUAUACACUUCAAGUAUAUCUUCUCAAUGAAUGGAUUUAUGUACAUCAUGCCUAGCCUGUUAAAGACCUACAGUAACAACCAGCCUAACCCAGUGUUGUGUUCAGCAAUACAAUUUGUAUGCAAGACCUUUUACAUCUUACACAGAAAACCAUUUAUUUUACAGAUGUUUGGUAGUAUUGUGCCAUUGUUGGAUGAGUCUUCAUCAGAGACUGGUAUUGUGGACUGCAGAAAGAUUCAACCAGAUUGUUUGUUUGAGCUACUCAUGUCAUUAGGGAAAGACUGUCCUGAUAACUUAUGUGUUCUAGAUUUAGUUCAAAGUGAAAAACCUUUGAAAGCUUUGGAUUUCUGUUAUGAGAAUGACCCAGAUAGACUUGCUAUGAUAGAUGUGAUAAAUAUGUGUGUUACAGUGAUAGCAUAUGCUCCAGACUCCUUCAGGAGUGUUCAGAUGCUGAAAAUAUUGGAAGUAUUAAUACCAAGAUACCUGAGUCACCUAAAGAAAGACACAAACCAGAGAGACAACCCACCAGCAGCCAGAUCAGAAAUCAAUGUCAUUUCUAACAUAGCUAUAUCUAUUAAGGCAUUACUUUGCUGUAGUGAAUUCUUUACCAGAAACAUGAGUCUUCCACAAAGACAGUUUGACUUGGAAAAGUCUUCAGCUAAGGUUCAAAGUAAUCAUUCACCACUAGGUGGCACUAGUUAUUAUGAUGACAGAGAAGAUUCGCAUGCAAGCCGUCACAUGGAGGAAGGAAGAAAGAAAACUUACGUCCAUGACUUAGAUGAUACAGACAUGAAAAAUGAUUUCCGUAAACCAAGAGACCUCCUCCUGAAUGUCAUAGCAGACUUCUACUCCACCUGUCAAGUCAGACUGAAAGAGUUACGUAGAAUUCUGGCGGACCCCUCAUACAGACCUACUGAUCUCCUGGACUCAAAAUCUCAUAAUAGACUAGCAGAAAUUGCCAACACUUUGUUAAAGUUAGCUCCAUAUGAUGCCGCAACUUUGGGUUGUACUGGUCUUCAGAGGUAUAUGGUAGAAAUUCUUCCUAUAACUGACUGGAAGCAAGAAGCUGUUAGACCUGGAUUAAACUUGAUCUUGAGGAGGCUUGACAGAUUAUUUAACAAGAUAUCAAAGAAGUCUUCGUUGAGGAGACAAGCUGAUUGGGAUGCAGCAGCCAAUUUACUGAAAGGCGUAUUUCUUACACUGAGGAAAUUUCAGUAUAUUGCACACCUCCCACACCUGAAGACCCUGGUCAGUGCCCUACUAAGUAUAGUGCUAUGUGGACCAGGAGGUCCUAUUUUUCCCGACAGUCUGACCAUGCAGGGAAGUCAGCGUAGUGAACAGAUUUGUCAUACAACACCACCAUCAUUCUGUAGUGCUGUUAUCAAACUGGUGGCCAUGCAAAUGCAGGCUCUGGGGGACCAGUUCAAUUUAGAACAGGUUAUAAGUACCGUGUCCACCUUCACAGUGUCUCCUGAUAGAUCUGUUAGUGUGAUGGUUAACUUUAUAUUACCUCUGUGUAUCAGGAUGGGAGCAGGCAGGAGAGAGACACCAAGACUGAGGCAUUGUGAUGUUAGUUAUGCUUUGUCAAUGAUACUGAAUAUGCUGAGUCCUCCACCAUUCCAUGCUGCACAGACACAACAUAAUAAUGCCAACCAGAAACCAGGUCAUCACCAUCAUCUGUCCAUGACUGAAAACCAUAGGUGUAGCAGCUUCUCACAUCAUUUGGACAAACGAACAGAUAAUGAACUGGUUCUUCAUGUGGCAUUUCUAGGAUUAGAGAUAUUGAUGACCUGUUUUGACAAAGUCUUGUCUUCAGAAUGGCAUAAAGUAGCCAGAUGUAUCCAAGAUAUGGUUUCCAAAGGAAAAGUAUCUUUACCAUUCUGGAAGUUCCUGGAUUUCAUUGUGACUUACAGACCAUCUUUGUAUCUAAUGCUGCAUCCAUUUAUACAAUUCAAGAUGAUGAAAGUGAACUGUGACAUGGCACAGGAGUAUUAUUUACAGCAAACCAUCAAAGACAAGCUACAGGGAUAUAGUUUCCAACACCCUAAAUGUAGUGCUGGGGUGGUACUUAUGUUAGCUGGGGAGUUACAACAGAUAAAAGAAGAUAUAGCAGCUGUAGGGGCAGUUGCAGGCGAAUAUAGAUCAAGAACAUGCACCAUGACAACAGACAGAUCCCAAUCACAGUAUCAUGAUCACAGGAGACAUGCCAGUAUUACUGAUGUUAACACAGAAACAAUCAUAUCUGCCACCAAACCAUCACUAGCUAAUAUUGGCAAGAGGGCGAGCAAAGCUACUAUACUAUCUCAGAGUUCAUGUGCAAGUGCACCAUUCAGAAAUACAGUGCUGACUUCUAGUGUUGAUAGUGCGAGUGCCAGUCCUGACAUGGGAGACAAGAGAACUCGUAGAAUUUCAGCCAGAGAUGGCAGUAGUAUUUUGGAGAAGUUUCAAAGGCCAACCAUUGAGGAUAUAUCUCCUGGAGAUGCAGCUGUUAUAUCAGACCCACCUAGACUAACGAGACAACCAACGAUUUGUUUCCGUUCACCAGAGACCUCCAAACAGAGCAGUAUUGAUGAGGAGAUCCCUGCCUCUGUGUUAUAUGAGAAUGAAGAAUAUGUAGAUAUGCCUAAUGGAGGAGGGGCAAUUGGUCCAACCAAUGAUUUAGAUCCAAGACCACAUCGCUUGCAAAGACAGGACGCCAAGAGUCGUAAAACUUUUAAACGUAAGCGCACGGCCACAAAGACCACAAGUAUGAGAAGAUACUUACCUAAGAGCCAUCAUCACGACACCUAUAGUGACGCAGAGAGUCAGAGCUUGGAUACUUCUCCUACACACAGAAUGUACUCCUACAGAAAUGCUGAGCAGGAUAUAGCUAGACUCCAACAAGCAAGAGCUGCUCUGGGAAAAGCUCAUUCACCAAGCUUGGCUAGAUCUGAGGAAAUGCUUCCAGAAACAGUAGAAAUGAAGACCAACAGACAAAGAUAUAUACAAAGAUCUAAGUCACAUGAUGACCCACAUGUUGACUCAGCUCCUGGAACAGUCAAAGGUCGUAUUGCCAGACAAGGGGCUAGAAUCGUCAGAUCAAGGUCGCCAUCCAACAGCCCAGUACGUUCACCUGUGAGGUCCCCUGUACAAAAUGCUGCUAUCUCACAAGCAUAUAUAUCACACUACGACUCUACAGACUCAUUAAAUACUAAUGAGUUUUCUUCUCUGCUGAAAGAAACUGAAAGCACUGACUCGUCACCCACUGUUAGAGGUUGUUAUACAAAGAGAGGAUCUAGAGACACUGUUGUAUAGAGGUUGUUAUACAAAGAGGGGAUCUAGAGACACUGUUGUGUGAAUACAAAUCAAAAUUAAUUUAAAUGGAACAGCCCUAUAAAUUAUCUUUAAAAAAAAUGUUAUAUUAAAAUAUACUAUUACAAAAUGAAUUUGUGAAACAAGAAUUAUUUUUUGGUUAUAUUUUUUUUAAUAAGUUUAUUUAGGGUGCAAAACAAUACCCUGUGAAAACAAUGGAAUAUGUUGUGUCUUAUUUUUUUGUUUAGAUUCUGAUGCCUUUGAAAAAAAAAAUGAUUGUCAGAACAAUUAAUGAUAUGAAUAUUUAUAUUUAAUUUAUUCUGAAGGCAAUAUUUAAAAAGAUUAUGAACAGUUUUUGUAUGUAUUAAGUUCUAAGAGAUCAAGUGACCUGAGGCCAUUUAGAAAUGACUGUGUGAUUCAAGGAUGACACCCUACUGGGGCCACAUUAAAUAAAGUCAAAAAUGUUUAUGAGUAUACUGCUGAUAUAUAUGAUGUGAUACCCAUAUUAGAUUUUUUUUAAAUUUUUUUUUAUAAUUUACUAAAAUUGUAUUUCCAAUCCGCAUUCAAAACAGAAUAAUGGGAUGCUAAAAUAUAGAUAUAAGAGAAUACUGGUGAAAGGAAUAUAAAGGAUGGAGAAAAAUGUCUAAGAAAUAUAGAAUACAGACAUGGCAGAACACCUCCUAGACCUCUGUAUAAGUACUGUAAACAUGGAAAUAUGCACUGAUUAUUUCCUUUAUUUUCAUUAAAUACACUAAAAUGUCCCUUGUUCUAAAAGUUAACAUAGAUAAAAAAAAAAUAUACUUAUAUUAAGGAUUUAUUAAUGUGUUAUUGUUUGAUAUUCAAGUUACUAGUAAUUUUAUCCUUGCGAAAAAUAUAUUGCAUUGAAAUUACAAAAAUAAUAACCAGCUGUUAUAAAUUUAUUUUUAUGUUUACAUGUUUACAAUACUUAGUAAUUAGAAAUAGUAACAAGCGACUGGUGCUUAUUUAAGUUACACAAAUCUUAGUAAAUGCCUAUAUAGGUACUUUCCUUUAAAAUUUUACUGAAAGUUAUUACAACAAUGCAUAGACUUACUUACAUGCUUGCUGAUAUCAUGUAUAUAUUUUUAACUGACAUAUUUAAAGUACAAUCAUAAUUUAUAUUUUAUUUUCAUUUAUUUAUUGGUUGUUUAUAUUGUUACUUUUGUAGCUUUUAGGCUGUUAUAGUUCAAUAAAAGAGUGUGUAUUUUA